GAGCGGGGGGAGGCGGGGGCCGGGGGGCGGAGUCUGCGACUAUUUCAGGCGGCGCCAGGCUCGGCGGGGACAGCGGCGGCCAGGCCCGGACACACUGCCUCUGAAAAUCAAGGCCUGGGAUGGAGCCGAGGGGGCCGUUGUAGGACCCAGAAGUGUGAGGAGGAUUUUGUACCAGAGAGGCAAGGAGGCAGCCAUGUUAUGUGGGGACCUGCAGGAGCCAGGCCCCAGCCGGGGGGAUGCUGAAGAUGAUGACUUUCUUCCAAGGCCUUCCAGGCCAGCAGAUGGUGCCAGGGGUUCUUGAUUUUCCCAGAAGCUCCCAGAAGUUGCCCUCCACAUCCGAGGGGGAGUCCGAGACCUCCAUGUCAGAGGCCUCUUCUGAAGACCUGGUCCCGCCCCUGGAGGCCAAGGCAGCCCCGGAGAGCGACAAGGACCAGUUGACAAAGCAGAAGAAGAAGAGGUCCAAAGGCCUGGCCAACAUGUUCAGCGUCUUCACUAAAGGACGGAAGAAGGGUCAGCCCAGCUCAGCGCAGCCGGAGGGCGAGCCCGAAUCCCGGCUUGAGUCCAGCCGCCCGCUGCCCACAGUGGAGGAGCUCAAGGAGGCGCUGGAGCGCGGGCGGCUGGAGGCGGCGGGGCCGCUGCUGGCGCUGGAGCGGGAGCUGCAGGCGGCGGCGGCGCGGGGCGGCGAGAGCGCGGAGGAGCUGGUGCGGCGCCAGAGCAAGGUGGAGGCGCUGUACGCGCUGCUGCGGGACCAGGUGCUCGGGCUGCUGCGGCGGCCGCUGGACGUGGCGCCCGAGCGGCUGCGCCAGGCCCUGGCCGUGCUGGCCGAGCAGGAGCGCGAGGACCGCCGGGCGGCGGCGGCGGCGGCGGCGGCGGGGCCGGGGGCGGCGGGGCCGGGGGCGGCGGCGCUGGUGAGCGCGCGGCCGCGGCGCUGGCUGCAGCUGUGGCGGCGCGGGGUGGCGCAGGCGGCCGAGGAGCGCCUGUGCGCGAGGCCGGCCGCGGGCGCCGAGGGCCGCUCGGAGGCCGAGCGCGUCUUCCUGCACAUGGGCCGCACCAUGAAGGAGGACCUGGAGGCCGUGGUGGAGCGGCUGAAGCCGCUGUUCCCCGCCGACGUGGACGUGGUGGCCGCCUACGCCGAGAGCUACCACGAGCACUUCGCGGCGCAGCUGGCGGCCAUGGCGCAGUUCGAGCUGUGCGAGCGCGACACCUACAUGCUGCUCGUCUGGGUGCAGAACCUCUACCCCAAUGACAUCAUCAACAGCCCCAAGCUGGCAGGAGAGCUGCAGAGAGUCCAGCUGGGGAGCCUUCUGCCCCCCCGGCAGAUCCGGCUGCUGGAGGCCACGUUCUUGUCCAACGAGGUGGCCAGUGUGAGGGAGCUGAUGGCCCGCGCCCUGCAGCUGGAGUCACAGCGCUGGGCCCAGGAUGUGGCUCCCCAGAGGCUGGACGGCCACUGCCACAGCGAACUGGCCAUCGACAUCAUCCAGAUCAUCUCCCAGGGCCAGGCCAAGGCCGAGAGCAUCACCCUGGACCUGGGCAUGCAGAUAAAGCACGUGCUGCUGCUGGAGCUGGCUGCGUUCCUGAGGAGCUACCAGCGAGCCUUUGAUGACUUUCUGGAGAGAGGCAGACAGCUGAGAAAUUACAGGGGCAAUGUUAUCGCCAACAUCAACAACUGCCUGUCCCUCCGGACAUCCAUGGAGCACAAGUGGCAGAACCCACAGGAUCUCCCGGGCCACCUGCUGGACCCCCUGAGUGAGCUCAAGAGUCACGGCUUUGACACCCUGCUCCAGCGCCUGUUUGGGGACCUGAAGCCGCUGUUCAAGAAGUUCACGCAGACCCGCUGGGCGGCCCCGGAGCAGACCCUGGAGGAAAUCCUCUCCACCGUGGCCGACAGGCUGCCCGAGUUCUCGGAGCUGCUCGACUGUUUCCGGGAGGAGCUCGUGGAGGUUGUGCACCUGCACCUGGUGAAGGAGUACAUCACCCGCCUCAGCAAGCGGAGCCUGGUCCUCAAGACGGUGGAGCAGCAGCAGCAGCUGGCUGGGCACAUCCUGGCCAACGACGACGCCAUCCAGCGCUUCUGCGCCCAGAACGGCUCCUCGGCGACCUGGCUGCAUCACGCCCUCCCCAAGCUCGCCGAGAUUAUCCGCCUGCAGGACCCCAGUGCCAUCAAGAUUGAGGUGGCCACUUAUGCUACCUGGUACCCCGACUUCAGCAAAGGCCACCUGAGUGCCAUCUUGGCCAUCAAGGGCAACUUGUCAAGCAGCGAGGUCAGGAGCAUCCGAAGCAUCCUGGACGUCAGCGUGGGGGUGCACCAGGCCUGCAAGCCCCUAUUUUCACUUAUAAAGGUCGGUUAGCUUUCCCUGCGGCCUGGCCUAUUCUGGAGCCCCCAGCGAGCAUCGGACACCACCCCCUUGGUGGGCAACCGCCCCACUUCACGGCCCCUCCACAGGCUUCGUGCCUCCUGCUGCUGCUUCUGCCCAGCCUUGGCUAAGGCGUGAGCCCCUGGGCAGCUGGACUGGAUAGGCCCAUGCGGGCAGGGGCGCGAUCGUGGGGAGGCCAUGAGUUCAUUCCCGAGAAACUCCUUGUAAAUGACGAUUGAUCGUGUGUGUACUAAAGGGGGGAGCCAGGAGGGAGAGUGGCCCAGAGAUCCCGGGUUACUUCCCAUCCAGGGGGCCCCUCCACAGUCGUAACUGUCCUCCUCGUGGCUGGCCUGCGCACCUUCCCAGCUGCCAAGUGCUGAGCCUUGCCCAUCCUGCCUCCUCUGGCCCAGGACAGUGAGUGGGGGUCAGUGUGUCCUCGGAAGCAAAGGCAGAGCUAGAAAGAAGAAAACAAUGAACUCUUAUCUGGACCCUGGACAUCCUGGGUCUUCCACGCAGGGAUAGGCGGGGGCCCUCCGUGGGACCUCUACCUGGAAGUCAGCCUGAGAUCUGGGCAGGGCUGACUUGACCUCUGACCCCCUGGCCUCUGGGUCAGUGUCCUCUUGCACAUUUCCACAAACGUGGUGGUUGAAUCCAAAACUUAGCUUUCAGCCCUGGAGGUCAGAAGUCCAACGCAGGUCUCAUGGGCUAAAGCCAAGGUGUCAGUAGGGCUGGUUCCUUCUGGAAGGUUCCGGGGGGAUUUUCCUUGCUUCUCCUGAUCUUUAGAGGCUGUUUGUAUUCCCUGGCCCGUGGCUCCCUCCAUCUUCAAAGCCAGCAGGAGCCAGUCAAAUCUUUUCACACUGCAGACCUCAGACCUCCACUCCUGCCCCCCCCCACUUUUAAGGACCCUUUUGUUGACCUUUGCCCCACCCAGAUGAUAUAGGAUCAGCCCCUGUUUUAGGGUUAGCUGAUUAGCAGCCUUACCCCACCCGUAACCUCAGGCACUUUGCCACAGACCCUGAUGUGAUCACAGGUGGCAGGUGUAGGGCGUGGGCUUGUGGGGGGCGGGGCAUGAUUUGCCCCUGGCCUCCAGCCCCCAAUGGUGCCUUAGCCCACCCCGGGAAAACGUGGCUCCAGGAACUUGCCUAGACCUCUGUUGACCCACGAGGCCCCCUGAGCCUUAGGGCGGGUCUCAGCCGUGUGCCCCUGAGCUUGCUGAGAUGGGGUCUGGAGCCAGUGCCCUUGGGCUUGUCCCCACCCCCACCCCCCCACUUUCCAGGUACUGUGGUCAGGAACUGGCCCAUGUAAAUGGUGCACAAGGGCCUUUGUACAUUUGUAGAAAUUCGUGUGGUUUAUGUUGUUAAUAUUAUUUUUGAUAGUACUGCUUUUAUACAUAUGUACUCAGGACAGGGUCUGAGUUUUUAUAGCUUAAUAUAAAACUGACUUCCAAAGUG